AUGGAUUGGAAAAGUGCUAAGAUUUUGCUAGCGUCUACAGCAACUGCGGUAGUGGCAUCUCAAGUAGCCAAAAAACUAUAUAAGUAUUUUUUUUCGAAGACGUCUCAACCUAUUGAUGCUACUAAAGAUACCUGUGACGCUCUAACAAUUAAGAAUCGUGAAAUCAAUGAUGUGAUAUUGUUUUCUGACGAUAUCGUUCGGCAUACGAUAAGAGUUUCACCCAGUAAAGAUAUAACUAUUUGUGAAAGUAGAGAGUUGAAUUGCUUUAAAUUAAUAAAGUAUAUCAAGUCAGCACGUGAAACAUUAGAUGUGUGCAUGUAUCUAAUAACCAGCAGUGAGAUAGCAGAGCACAUAAUAAGAUUAGGACAAAAACACGUCUUGGUGAGAAUAGUUGUUGAUAGCGACAUGGCGUUUACACCGCAGUCACAAAUUAAUAAGCUAAAAGAAUAUAGUUUCAUCCAAGUGCAGACAAAUAAAAAAUCAAUACUCAUGCAUCACAAAUUCUGCAUCAUUGAUGGUCCAAAAGCAAUGAAGCGAAAAAGCAUUCUGAAGUCAUAUGCUGAAAAACUCAAUGUGCAUGCACAGUAUACAAAUUAUAAUUGCAAGCAAACGAACAAAAACAAACAACUGAAGCCUUUUGUUAUGUCUGGCUCAUUAAACUGGUCCACUCAGGCAAUGGUCUCAAACCAUGAGAGCGUCAUUGUUACAUCACAUCCCAACAUCGUCAAUAAGUUUGAGAAGGAGUUUGAGAGUCUUUGGGUGGAGAAUGAGCCGAUAAGUGCACCAAUGAGCCUCAUCAGAAAGUGCAGUUAUGUGUUUUGUGCCACAGAUUUAGUGAAACGAUUUGGCAUACAAUGUGAUUUUAUAAAAAGAAAAACGUGA